AUGGUUUACACCCUGACUUCAGUAAUACUGAUGCCCAUUAUCUCCCUUACAGGAGUCACCGGAAACGUGAUUAGUGUUAUAAUCAUCUCUAGAGAUGGCCUGCAUCGAUGUUCAAACGUUUUGAUUUGUGUCCUGGCCGUGGCGGACAGCAUGUAUCUGAUAGGACUCAACAAUGUGGUCAACAUCAUGCUAGGCGAAGACAUCACGUUCAUGUGUCGGCCCUACGACUGGGUGACCCAUCUCAUAUAUCUUUCUAACAACAUCUUCGCCAUGCUGGAAAGUACAGGGAUGAUUGUCUCCAUGCUGGUCCCAACACUGAUCGUUAUCGAGCGUUUUGUGGCCGUGUUUUUCCCGUUUCACUUCACCAAGAUUGUGACUGUGUGGAGGGUGCGUCUGGCUGCUAUAUGUCUAUUUCCCAUAUCCCUGCCCGUGUUUCUUCUGACUAUUCCGGUGUACUGGAACAUGGGGGCCUACAUUAGUAGAAGUCUCAUGGCUAGAAGUCCCGAAAUACUACUUGCAUACAUGAGCACAAAGAUGGACAUUGUCAAAGUCCAUAAAGUUGUGCUGGAGAUUUAUUCUGCCAUUUGUGGCCCAGUAUCUGUAUGUCUUGUCAUCUUUGGCUGUAUUCUUAUUUCGGUCAAGAUUCACAGCCAGCAGCGUGUUCGCCACAAGAUGAUCAGAUGUCAAGGCUGGGAAGGGAAACAGAACAAAGAUACGGACAAAGGGGCAGAAUCGUUCCAGAGUAAUAAAACCACAAAGAUUCUCAUCUCCGUGUGCUGUUUCUACUCUAUCACUGGAGCGUUCAGUUUUUUGUCAGACUUGGUUUUUACCUCAGAGUUUGUGGGAGCAGAGUUCAGUUUCUGGAUACACAAGGCCUCCAUGAUGCUCGUCUGUAUCAACAGCACCGCUAAUUUUAUCAUUUACGUAGCUUUUAACAGAAAAUUUAGAGAAGCGUAUAUGUCUAUGUGUUUCUGUGGUAGCUCUCGUACAGUGAAGAACAAAUAA